CACGAAACCAUCUUCGGACGAAAGUGCGCCUUUUAAUGUUCCCACAUUUGCCGACCAUAUAAUUAAUGUAUGUGUUUGUUGGUGGCCAACAUCCGGGUCUUUCUGUAACUGGGCGCUUCCAAAUCCCGCCUGCUGCAGAAGAAAUUGCACAAUAUCUUCACCAUUUUUGCCGUUAAGACGCAACGGUAGAGACCAGCAUCAUGUCGGUCAAAGGACAUGACACAGUGUCACUGGGAGAUACCAACAUGCCAGACGGAGAGGACAUGGAAACGAGUGCAGAAGCGGAACACCUCAACAAUGCGGUGGCAGACACUGGCCAAGAAGUUACACGGAAACGCAGGACAGGCGGAAUGAACGAGGCUCAAGAAACUGUGGAGCAGCACUCACCCCCAGUAGACACAGACGAUAGCUUGAAGAAAAUCGAGGACGCUAGUUUAAGUGACAGGUCUACUGCUGUUCCUCUCUCACUGACUGUGACCAAGGAAAGCUUGGGUCUACAGGAUUCAGCUGAUUCAUUGGUGGCAGAUGCGGGAUCCAGUGUACCCCACUCGACUCGCAUUGAGAUCCGCCUCAAAGAGGACUCUACCGAUUCACACGGCACAGAGAUGCAUCCCACACCUGAGGUGGACGUGCCGGAUACCAGAGUCUUAAACCUGGAGGUCAGUUGCUCAAGCGAUGACAAGGCUCCGGAGGGCGACAAGGCAAACGUUUACGCCGUCCUGUACUCCUGCAACAAGUGCAGUUUCUGCACCAGCAAACUGAGCGAAUUGAAGCUGCAUGCGCAGACUGAGCGGCACGAGAAUGAGACGGGAAAGGAAGGUGAAAGUUCCAGCAAGGACUCUGGCGAGGCAAUGAGGAUCCAGUACGCCUGCACCGACUGCUCCUUCAAGUCGGAGCGCUUCCACACCUACCGGGAGCACCUUCUCACCCACGCCAAGAUCGGCGAAAAGGAGAUGUUCAAGUGCAUGGACUGCGACUACAGCACCCGCCACAAGUACAACCUCAAGACCCACCUCAAACGGCACGCCAAGAUCGGUGAGCUGUGCGAGGACGAGCUCUUUCGCUGCCCGAAGUGCGACUACGUGUCGCCCUACAAGCACGACCUGAUGACGCACACCAAGAAGCACGAGGCGGAGAAACCCUUCCGGUGCAGCCAGUGUGACUUCCAGAGUAUCUACAAGCACAGCCUGAUCCACCACGUGCGCUCCAAGCACGAGCGGCUGCGGCCGUUCAAGUGCGACCAGUGCGACUAUUCCUCGGCCCGCAAGCAGGACCUUCAGACGCACAUGGGGCGCCACGCGGAGGAGAAACGCUUCAAGUGCGACCGCUGCACUUACGCCACCCCUUACCGAGUCAGCUUCAAGGCCCACAUGGACCGGCACAUGGGUAACAAGCUCUUCAAGUGCGACCAGGAAGGGUGCGACUUUGCCACCACCACCAAGCAGAACUUGAAGUCUCAUGAGCUGAGACACUCCACGGUGAAGCCUCUGCAGUGUACCUUUUGUGACUACACAGCAGCUCAUAAACAGCAGAUGGUCAACCAUGAACAGAAGCACGGCGUGACGGACCGGCCUUCCAGUACCUACAGCUGCCUGUCCUGCGACUACACAACAGCACACCGGUACAGCCUACAGCGACACAUGAACCGCCACAAAGCCGAUCGUAAAAUGCCGGAGAAGGACUACGUAUGCGAGGAGUGUGGUUACUCGACGGGCUACAAGAACAGCCUGAAGCGACACAUGGCCAAACAUUCUGACGUCAAGCCCUUCAAGUGCGGACACUGCAACUAUUCGGCCAUCAACAUGACCCAGAUGCACGUACACAUCGCCAAACACACAGGCAUCAAACCGUUCAAGUGCGACGUCUGCGACUACGCCACGGCCAACAAGCAGCACCUGGUGGGCCACAUGGCCAAGCACUCCACGGUCCGCCUCAACUGCCCCAAGUGCAGCUUCUCCACGGCCUGGAAGCAGCGGCUCAGGGCCCACCUCAAGGCCCACGAGAUGGGCCAGCUGUUCCAGAAGAAAGUCACGACCAGCACCGGCAUCCAAACGAGCAAGAUUCUGUACACCCUGCCGGGGUCGUCCCAGGAUCAAGGAGAUGAGGCGACCAUGAUCGCAGAGAGGAACAACGCCCUGAACGAGAUCUCGAAUGCUAUCGAGGCAUUCCACUCCUACAGCCUACAGGUGGAAGUAGCAUCCAACCAGGAUCAACAUCAGGGAAAUGGAAACACAUCUUCUGGUGGCCAGGGGGAAGGGUCUUCAAGUCAAGAGGCAGACGAGAAGAGCAAGUCCCAGAGAUCUGUGGAACAGGUUCAUCUGGUGGACGAAGAUGGCAACAGAGUAGCCGCUGCCCUGCAGUGCGUCAACGGCGAGCAGUCCAUCGAAGUCGCCCUCAAAGAUCUACAGAAGGACGGCUCCCAAAUCUUUGUGUGGAAACAGACAGAAGAAGCCGCAGAUAGUCAACAGAUCAGUACGGCAUCGCCGCAACAAUCCAGCGUCGAGUCUGAGAGCGACGUAUCGCUACUGGUCAUUGAUGAGAUGAAGGCGGUGUGAGCGCCAUUCAGACAGAAGCAUGGUUCCAGAUAGUCUAAGUGCUAGACGUUGUUAUGGUUCGAUACGCGAUAACCCGCGAGAGGACGUUAUCACGACCAACCAUAUCAUCCACGAACCGUCAUUAACUACGUCUAGGCCAAUUCCUAUAUUAGUUGUGUCAUGCGCGCACCUGUUCGGCCUAAUAUAUGCAAAACAGCUCAUAGUAGUUCCGAAGCAAACUCUUACAUUUCUUCCAGUAACAUGAAAAAUGCAGCAAGACGUUUGUGCAACUUCGCUGGUCAGCUCUUUUGUUGUGCAUAAUUGCCUGCAGAAGUCGCGCAUGCAUAUUAGUCUCCCCCAUUUUUUUUGGGGGGGGGAGAGUUUAUGAAUUGACCUAGACGCUGCUACUAACGGUUCGUGGAUGAUAUGGUUGGUCGUGAUUAUUGCGGAUCAAACCAUAAGAAUGUCUAGUACCUAAAAGAAGCGGAAAUCGUUGGGACCACUUUAAUUUAUGCAAUUUAAUGAAAGGUUGAUGACUGAACCACUUUGCGUUGUCUGUCCACGACCGGAUUUUUGAUUCAUGCUAAUGCGCACGCCUAGUAUAUGCUGAAGAUUUCUGAAAAUACUACAUAUAUAUGCACUUCAUAAUUUGUGGAUAUGUUUAUUUCCACGUAUUCAUGGUUUUUCUCUUUAAAAUUUAGUGGAAAGUUUGUUUGUUUCAUUCCCGUAAACUUUGAUUUGCCGUAUGCCCUGAAUUUUUGUUUUGCUUCGUUUGUCUGCUGAAACAUGGCAAGUGUGAAUAAAUUUAUUUUUCUAUCAGAU